AUGGCCUGUGUAGAAGCCAAGUGCAAGUUCUCCCAACUGAAGGAAGGACAGGGAGUUAAAGCUCUCCAAAAGCAUUUAGAAACUGCCAAGCAAAGACUGGGUGCUGAGAUGGCCUCCGUGCCCCCCAAGAGGCAGAAGAACACCAGCCCUGCAGUACAGAGAAGGAACCAGCAACGUGCUCGGGCCUUAUCAGCUGGCAGAGGUGAUUCUUCUAUUUCUACCACCUCUGAACUGGAGCUUGAUGAAGCCAAGCCUCACGAGAACAGAAUAUGUGUUAAGGCAUGCCCUCAAGAAAUACAGCCAGAAGAAGCGACACGAGAGGUGCCAAAGGGACCAGGACCUUAUUUCUAUAUCAGUGGAUCCAAUGGAGCUGGACUUGUGAGCAUCUAUUGCCAGCGCAGAGGCUGGCAGCGUAUCUAUGACAACAGAAGACAGGAUUACGCACUGAAAUGGUGUGAGAUCAAGUGCCGAGAGACCUAUUACCAUUUCAAAGAAGGUGAACAGCUUCUCUACCAGAUUCCCAACAACAGAGUCCUCACCAGUAAGAUAGGGCUUUUAUCCUGCCUGAGAGAGCAAGAGCGGGUGAUGAAAAAGGUCGGCAGGAGCUCUAAUUCCAAAUUACUGAAGAUGGAAGAAUUCUUCCCAGAAUCUUUUCGCCUGGACUUAAAAGAUGAGAGAAAUGCCUUUUUUGAGAUUUGCAAAGAAGAACAGAUUUGGAUCUGCAAACCAAGCUGCUCUAACCAAGGUCGAGGAAUUUUCCUCCUUAAAAAUCCUGCUGCUGCCAACACCCUUCAAGCCAAGCUCCACAGCUCAGAGAGAGACCUGCCCAGCAAGAGGGUGCAGUGCAGGGCUCCCCAGGCGAGAAUAGUGCAAAGGUACAUCCACCAGCCUCUGCUCCUGGAAGGGAAGAAGUUCGACGUCCGGUCUUACCUCCUCAUUGCCUGCACUGCACCCUAUGUGUUGUUUUUUGCCCAGGGUUAUGUCCGCCUGACCUGCACCAAUUACGACGCCAUGUCUGACGAUCUGACCGUUCAUCUCACCAACCAGUACAUGCAGAAGAAGAACUCCCUGUACAGCCAGCUGAAAGACGAGACGGUUUGGCGGAUGGAGCACUUCAACAGCUACGUUAAUGAGAAGUUCACGAAAACCAACGGCCUCCCCAAGGACUGGGUUUUCACCGUGUUUACUAAAAGGAUGCAGCAGAUCAUGUUGCAGUGCUUCCUGGCGGCCAAGCACAAACUGGAUCGCAAACUGGGCUACUUUGACCUCAUUGGCUGCGACUUUUUAAUCGAUGAAAACUUUAAGGUCUGGCUUCUGGAGAUGAACGCAAACCCCGCAUUGCACACCGACUGCAAAGUCCUGAGAGACAUCAUCCCCGCUGUGGUCUACGAGAGUCUUGAUCUGGUUCUCGAGAUCUUCAACAAGUGCCUGAAAGGCCAGAGCGUGCUGCCUUUGGAGACACACUGCCACUUCGUGCUGCUCUACAACGAGGAUGCCGCGGACCUCGGCCAGAAGCAACUCCUGAAGCUCAGACCCAGACUGUGCAUGGGACGGUACCUGCGGCCACACACGGACAGUGCCAGCUACUUUGGGCACAGCCCCACCAAAGAGAUGGACGCCUCUCCAAAAAACUCGGUUGCUCCAAAAGAAAAGUUGCCUUGUUGCCUAAAAAGACUUGCCAACAAACCAUCUCCUAACCUAACACGUGCAGCUCUUCUACCACCAUGGAUAAACAUGCUGAGCCACUACAGAGCAAGAGGGUUUUGA